UUCUGCAUCUUGGGGUCAUAAACUGUAUAUAAGAAGUGGACAAAGCCAUGCUGGAAGGCAGUUACCUCUACAUACUCUUAUUGUGCUCAAGUGCUACUGUAGAAAAUACCCAUUCAGUGAGAACAAAGAACUCUACAACGUAUUCCUCCUAAAACACAUAAAGCUUUUUCCUGUUGGUAUCCAAUCAUAACUGAUGCCUUCAGUGUAAUAUGUUAAAGAGAAGUUUACGCUGCUAACAGACACGUGUGUUUAAGAUAUGCUAAAGUUAACCAUUAACACACACAGACACAAAAAUAAAUAUACCAUCGACCCAAACAAAAGAUUAUCAACUGUUUGUACUGCAUCUGUUACAGAAGUGGAGAGUUAAAAAAUAAUCCAAAAAUCAUUAGGGUACAGACAGAAGUUAACAUUAAAUUAUUAAAAUGAUGAUAUUUCAUUCAGUAACAAUUGCCUGUAACAUGGAGUGCUGUGUCCAUUUCUUAUAUUCAGUCUAUGCUUUGAAUCCAUCCAGUAAUUCCUCACUCACUGCCUGUGCCCCACGGAUCGCUCCUUUCAGUCACUGGACCUUUAAGCCAACCUGCCAUACCUUCUGUCUUCACCUUAUCUAUAGAUUCAUUCAUUUUCAGCUCUCCAAAACUAAAACUGCUUUUUGCAUGUCAAAAAUCUUGUUUUUUUUUUCUUCAUUUUCCUCUCAUGACAGAUUACAAGUGCAUCACGUACCCUGCAGUCCAAACACAGCCAAGCGAUUGUCGUCUUGCAAGAGGAAGGGCUGUCCGCCGGUGGGGGUGGGCUCAAAGCUGCACCGCAGGUCAUCAGAUGUCGGCCGUGCCUGUGUCCCCGGCAUGGCCAACAAAGAAAAUGAGCUGACUUGCUCUGAGGAUGUGCGGGGCCUGGCUGUGAACCCGACAGGGGCCAUCAAGAUGGCAGGGGCCAGCUCCAAGUACGGGGACAUCACUGAGUUAUCAAAGGACCAUGAAGCUAUGACUCAGAUCCUUUUUGGAAGAAAUCUACGACUUAAAGUUGCCCAAACACUGUGGCAGAGAAAUGCCAGUGAGUUGGUGGCAUAUCUAGUGAGAAUUCAAGACACAGGGGUGAUGCUGAACCUCUUACCUGUCUUAACAAAGAAUCUCCUAACUGAAGCGCCAUGUUUGUCACUUGGAUGCUGCGUUGACCUGCUGCCGCAAGUCAAAGUGAUUCUUACCGGUAGAUACGAAGAACACAUAUUGGUGGCUUUACGCUGGGUUCAGUCUGUCAUUAAGAACUGGUGGCCAGAACUCUCAAAGAAUGACAAGAGACUGCGGGACAGUUGUUCAGAAGACAGGAAUGUUGAAGUCAUGAGGCAGCGGCUUAAAGACCUGUGGAAGGAAGGUCCUCGGUUAUGUUUAAUCCCAGGAUCUACAGGAGAGCUGGCCAAGGCCAUCGAGGUUCAUGUGUCACAGCUGCCCUGACACCCGACAGCCAGGCCCCACUGAGGACAGCGACCACUACCUGCCAGAUGGAGGCCUGUGUUCUGAACUGAUAAUGACGCCGGAGAAAGCGUCAGGCUCUUCUUCUGCUAGGUCAAACCAAACCUCUUACUGGAACUGAACUUGACCAGUCAGACCUCCACCUACCCCCCCCUCCCCUCUCCUCGGUGAGAGCUGGAGACUCCCACUGCAGGCUCUGAGAGCUGCACUACAACAAAUAAGAAAGAAAAUGAAUAAACGGCAUAUGACUGCUUCACAUUGAAGUGGACCGUCUCGUGAAGGAGCACAUUCCAAGUGAACCCCCCCAUGAGACUGGGUGUAACGUCGCUCUAUGAAGUGCCAAGCUCUACGUCUCUCACUACAUCACUCUGUGUCAUAAAAUGCGCUCUUGGAAACACUGCUCCAUCCCUACAUUGUUGUUUGUUUUCUACCUGGAUUCUCCAGACCCAGGAACUUGAAUCUGCAUCAGUCUUAAGUUAUUAGAGCUCGGUUUCCUUUUUGUUUUUGCCUUUUUUUUGCAUCUACAUUUGACAAUUAACUGUUUAAAACAAAUGAGUCUUUUAAUCUUCUUUUAAAUAAAUUUGAUAAUUAUGAGGAAAAAAA